AAGAUUUUCUUUCUCGGACCCGAAAUCGGGUCUGAUUUCAGACCUGAUAAAGUGUGGAUGUUAUUGGCACUUUAGUAAAUUCUAGUACGAUGUUAGUAGAAUUUUUACUUGUCAAAUGGAAGUAUAAGUAUGGCAACCCAGCUAUAAUGGCCGCCGCCAUCGCCGUUGCAACGUUAUUUGUGUGACAAGUCAUGUCAUUUUUGUCCAUGAUAUAUGCGAAAAUCCAAUGGCAGAUUAUUUCUUCGGGUUCGAUACUUCGUCAUCGAACUUAAAUGACGACGAAGGAGCCGGCGAGCCGUCAGAAGAUGAAUAUGACGCACUCAACGAUGAGACCUUUGGGCAGGCGGACGGCUUCGAUUUCGAGGAGCACGAGCAUAUGGCUUCUCAGCUCGAGAGCAGCCGCCGCCACAACAGCACCCUGGACGAUGCCAACAUGCAGCUGGAAGCGUCACUAUCCCAGCUAGUGCUCGAUGAAAGUGAACACACCUCAGCACUCGGUUCGAGCGUGUGGAGACACGAUGCGCCUUUUGCGUACCAACCACCACAGACGCAGACGCCCGCACCGAUCCUCAAGAAUGUGUGUACGGUGGAGGAGAUCGAGCGGCAGCUGCGGCAGAAGCAGGCGCCAUUUCCACCCUCGCAGAACUACUUCCAGCCGCGAUUCCCUCCCGUGAUCCUGCAGCGGCCCCCGGGGCUGCAGGCGCCCGUGCCGCUGCCCUUCGCGCCGCAGAGCAUGCCCGCCAACAACAUGAUGCCCAUGGCCCACCCCAACAACACCAUGAACAUGCCCAACCAGAUGGGCCAAAACGUCAACCAGUUCAUGCAAAACGCCAACCACUAUCAGAAUAACAUGCAUCCAAACAUGCAUAUGAACCAGAUGCCUAAUCAAGUGAAUAUGGGUCCGAACAUGAACCAGAUGGGUCAGAAUCAGAUGAUGCCCAACGGGAACCAGUUUCCGGGUAUGAACCAGCCGGGUAUGAACCAGCCGGGUAUGAACCAGCCGGGCAUGAACCAGCCGGGUAUGAACCAGCCAGGUAUGAACCAGCCCGGAAUGAAUCAGUUUCCGCAUAUGAUGCCCAGGAUGAUGCCUCCACCUGGGAUGGGAAUGCCGAGGCAGAAUUUUAAUCCGAAUGUGGGACAGUUUAAUCAUAAUUUUCGUGGUCCAGCCAUCCCCUCCAAGCCCGAACCAAUGAUGCACAUACAAAAGCCCCAGCCGAACCAAUCCCCUCCCAAAAACGGGAAAACUCCACCAAAACUCCAGAAGAGUCGCGUCUACAACAACUCCAAAACCGCUCCGGCUCAGAACAUGACUUCGCAGAACUUGGUUCAGCUGAUACAGAAUACCCAUCCUAUGUUGCAGUUCAAUAAUAGUUAUCAUAACGCGAGUCAUCACCCAAUGCUGAGUAGGGGUUUUGGGCAGUUUCCUAAUAAUAUGGCGUUUGGGCAGAGGCCGAAUGGGACGUACAAUAAUAAUCAUAGGCAUAUGAACGGUGACGAGGUGACAACAUCGAGCGAUACCGACGAGUAUAGUGGUCUUAUGACCCAACGCGAAAAGCAGUGGCUGAUCAACAUACAGAUGCUUCAGCUAAAUACUGGCACGCCUUACAUACACGACUUCUAUUAUACGGUGUUCUUAGAAAGACAGUCGCAGAAAGAGAAAGAAGGAGUAAAGGAAGCUCACAAGGCGAACCAGCAGAACCAUCCGUUCUACAGCGGUGGUGUAAAGCAAGAGUCCCACGGACGCGAGCGCCACAACUCGAACCGCCACAACUCCACCAGUGAAGACGCGCCGCCGCGGGCCUACGUGCCCACACAGUUUGAGAAUUCGCUGGGAAAGUUGCAGUGCGGCAGCGUGACGGCGCCGCGCAAAAUAAUCGACGUGGAGCUGGUGGGCGGCGCCGAGCCCGCCGCCACGCCCUCGCGGGCCGACAGCGUGGCCAGCAGCACCGCCCCCGCCGAGGUCCCUCGAGAAAUGCGCAGAACUAAACAACUUCUACUAGAUAUUGAGGCGCUAUACCUCAUAUUGCUUAGGCUUGAAGAGCUAAACGAUCCCCUGGCGAUAUCCAACGCGCUCAUACUCAAGGAAAGAGAAGAGAAGCAGAAGCAGCUAGAGGCAGCACAGAAGGAAGCUCUAGAGAACGAGCUAGAAGAAGACUCCAACGUGUUCCUGAGGAACAUCGAGUCUGUGCAGCGGAGGCCUAAGCAGGACAGCCCAAAGAGCGAAAGUGUGGACAAGAGACAGGUGGUGAACCUAGCUGUGAACCAGAAGCCGCCGCCAGUCAAGAACCUUCUGGACGAAAACAAGGACGAGCUGGUCGACAAAAUGUUCGCCGGCUUACUACACGCGGACAGGCUCGCGCAAAUGCUCACUGUUAGAAAAGGACGGACGCUGGUGGCGCGGUUCCUGGCGCGCUGCGGGGCGCACGCGCUGCUGCGGGCCGUGUGGGCGCGCGCGCUGCGGGCGCUGCCGCAAGCCGCGCGCCGCGACGCGCAGGGGCUGGCCGCGCUGCAGCCGCACUACAGGAGAUACAUCCAAAGCGCGACAGGCUGGAACCCAAUCUUGGAAUCAUGCGGGUUACUAGCGGAGGCGUUAGACCCUGCGAGGACGCCCUACGCACUCGCUACACCCUUAACCCUAAGCUGCGUAUGCGCCCUAAUAGAAAAGGCGUCCCUCCUCGUCAACACCCCUGAAGCCACCUCAAAUGAACGUCAGUGGUACAAAUUCCUCAAAACCCUCGCCCGAGCGCUCAAAACCACCACUCUCGCCGUCGCCAAGCCCGUCGCACCACUCCCAGAAAACAAACUACUAUUCCACUUGAAGCAAUUAGAGUCGAGAACCACUAUAGAGAUACUGCAGAGAGGUAAGAGCGCGGAAUUUGCAGAUUUGUCCAAAGCUGAUGUCAUGGAGCAACUGAUAAAACAUCUGUGCUGAUGACGGUGUUUUAAUCGUGCGUGUGGGCACGUUGAAAACAUGUUGCGUCAUGGGAAUAAAGAUGGGAAUCAAAUAUCAGAAAAUAAAUUACUAUUCCAUUUGAAGCAAUUUGAGACACUACAUACAUGUCUAUAGAGAGAUACCAGGCGGCUUAUUAUCAGGCGGGCCGUAUGCUUGUUUGCCACCGAUGUGGUAUAAAAAAAAAACUACAGAGAGGUAAGAGCGCUGAAUUUGCUGAUUUAUCUAAACCUGAUGUCACAGAGCGACUUGUAAAAUAUCUGUGCUGAUGACGGUGUUUAUAUGUGCGUGUACGUUGAAAACUUGUUGUGUCAUGGGAAUAAAGACGGGAAUCAAUUUGUGACAUUACAUAUAUUUCUAAAGAGAGAUACUACAGAGGUAUAAAAGCUGAUGUCACGAAGUAACUGAUAAAACAUGCUGAUGAUGGUGUCUUAAUCGUGCGUGUGGGCACGUUGAAAACAUGUUGCGUCAUGGGAAUAAAGAUGGGAAUAAAAUAUCAGAAAAUAAAUUACUAUUCUAUUAAAACGGCUAGAGUCUAGGAUGACUAUUGAGAUCCUAAAUAGGUAAGAGCGCAGAAUUUGCUGAUUUAUCUAAAGCUGAUAUGACGGAGAUUAAUUCGAUUAAAUCGUGCGUCAUAGUUAGCACGUUCAAGACAUGUUGCGUCAUGGGAAUAAAGACGGGAAUUAAAUACCACAAAUUAAAUUACUAUUCCAUUUAAAACAGCUAGAGUCUCGGACGACUAUAGAUAUUCUACAGAGAGGUAAAAGCGUAAAAUUUGCAGGUUUAUCUAUAGCUGAUGUGACGGAGGUUAAUUUAAUCGUGCGUCAUAGUUAGCCCCUUGAAAACAUGUUGCGUCAUGGGAAUAAAGACGAUAAUCAAAUAUCAGAAAAUAAAUUACUAUUUCAUUAGAAGCAAUUUGAGACACAGAUAAAUCUAUAGAGAGAUACUAGAGAGGUAAGAGCGCUGAAUUUGUUUUGUUUAAAGCUGACGUCACGGAAACUAAAAAAACUCCUCUUCUGUAGGGCUAAGAUGGUCGGCUCUUUGUUAUUUGUCACCAUACCUGUCACGUUUUAACAAGUAUGUAAGCGCGAAAGUGACGGGCAUAGUGACAAGUGAUAAAAAUGGAACCAUGCUGCCACGGCUGAUGAUGGUUAAUUUUAUCGUGCGUCAUAGCUAUCACGAGUGGAAAUCGCGUUUUAUCGUUAACAGAAAUCAAGCUAAUAUUUUGUUAGUGGCAAAAGUCUAGGACGGUUGAAAGAUCAAGAUCAAGGUUGAAGUAAAAGUGCUGAUGAUUUUUGUUGUUUUUUAGUGUGCGUCACAAUUAGCGCGCUUAUCAUUUAUUGAGACCGCAUCAUGUACGCGAAAUUUAAGCAUUUGUACUAAAAAAUAUCGUUUGCGUCAUAAUCAGCAUGUCUUGUGAAGACGAGAAGCCACUGUGUUAAGAGGAAAGAGUACGCUCGCUUCUCCAUACAAACGUAGUCCCCGUUUUCCUCUCUGGAUAUUGACAUUUUUAAAAAUAUUUUUACCUUAUUCGAUGUACAUUAACCAUAGCUAUUUCUCUACGUUUGACUUGUUUACAUUUUUUGAUUAUUGUCAAAAUUAGAAGCGAAAAACAGAUUUCAUACAAAUUGUUAAAUUAACUUAUAAUAAUUUAAAAUUCGAAAAAACAUCAAACGUUGGGGCAUAGCUGUGUUAUAUAACAAAUUGUGUCAAAAUAUGUUUAAUAAUGUUAUUAUCCAGAGGGGGAAAUACUUACGUUCGUAUAUAAACUCUGUAUCUUUAGGUAUUUAAAUAAAAGUGAACAAUUUGUACAUUUUCGGGUAGUUAUAACAUUUAUUGGUUACCCAACCAAAUACAAAACCGCCUGGAUCUGUCACUGAACGACCUGACUUUAACCUACAUUAUUUGAUCAUGUAAUGUUUUCAUCUACCCUCAACUGGCUUUAGGAGCCAUUUGAGGGUAGAUUUUGUUUACUUUUAUUUAAAUACCUAAAGAUACAGAGUGUGCAUGCCGUAUAAGAUUAUUUGUUUAGUUUUGUUGAGUUGCAUGUCAUGACUGCCAUAUAUGGCUUAAAUAACGAUUGUCAACAUCUUAGUCCAUAAAGCGUCAUAUUAUUAUGUAACUACAAUCAUUGCUUUGCUUGCAUUUGAAAUAAUUCAACAACACCUAUAAUUAUAGUCUAACAGAGCUAAGAAGUUAAUCCUGGCAUAAUUAUCUAGUUUUUAAUUAAUUAACUGGUUGCCCAAGAUAGGCUAUGCCUAGUUUGGGGACCCCUGUUCAAACGGUUUAUUAUAAAAGUAUCGCUGUAUGCACGCAACCUCAACUUAGUGUAUAUUCCCCGCUGUUGAACCCAUGUUUGUGUGUGCAAUAAUGAAUUAAUUUUUCAUAUUCAGUUAUAAUUUGACCCUUAUACACCGUGUUUUUUUUUCGUUAAUUUCAAGGGUGCAUUCCUGAUCAAAAAUUAAGUAACCAAAGCAAGAAAUAUUACUUUGCUAAUCCGCGAGUAAAUAACGUAUAUAAAAUUAAGUUUUGUGCUUUUGGUGGUGGGUUGUUAUAUUUAUUUGCGUAUUUAUUUUUGCGGUGGGAGGGUGGGAACAUUAAUUGCAUAUAAAAAUACGCCAGUAAGUAUAACGGGUAAGCACUAAUUGACUAGCACGUUAUUUUCUCGCGGAUUAGCAAAGUAAUAUUUCUUGCUUUAAUUAACAUGGAUUUCCGCUCAGUAACGCCUGAUUUUAUUAAUUAAUUAACUUUCUCGAAGACCGGUAUUCUAAUUAACUCCAUGUCUGAGAUAAUCAAUAAUUUAUUUUUAUCUUAUAAGGCCCUUACGAGCGUAUACACUUGCCUUAAGGCCUGUUUACUUAUUGAUUAGUGUUUCAGUACAUUUGCUACUAAACGUAAGUACUAUCUCGGACGAUCGAUGUUCGAAAUGACAUUGAUAUGUCACAGUUUUCAAUUUUUUGGUUGAAUUAAAUGUUAUGCCCGUGUUACAACAACGCUAUAUGCAACAUUUAAUUACGUUUUAUAAAAAAAAAAUGUUUAUUUUUUGCAAAUUAACUAUGCCAUUUAGUUUCCUUAAAAGUACUUACCCAUACCUCGGAGUUAACGGAAUACAAUAAAAACACGGUGUAUAUAUGACAGUAACGUUAUCGGUUAAACGGUUCAUAACUGUAAGGAUUGACAUCUUAGCUGCGACAGACUAUAGUAUAUGCGUCAUUUGUAGCUGGAAACAUUUGUGUCAUAUUUAGCUGACAAUACGUAAAAUCGAUAUAUGUCAGUAACGUUAUCGGUUAAACGGUUCAUAACUGUCAGGAUUGAAAUUUUAGCUGCGACAGACUAUAGUAUAUGCGUCAUUUGUAGCUGGAAACAUUUGUGUCAUAUUUAGCUGACAAUACGUAAAGUCGAUAAAUGUCAGUAACGUUAUCGGCUAACGGUUCAUAACUGUAAGGAUUGACAUCUUAGCUGCGACAGACUAUAGUAUAUGCGUCAUUUGUAGCUGGAAACAUUUGUGUCAUAUUUAGCUGACAAUACGUAAAGUCGAUAAAUGUCAGUAACUGUUAUCGGUUAAACGGUUCAUAACUGUAAGGAUUGACAUCUUAGCUGCGACAGACUAUAGUAUAUGCGUCAUUUGUAGCUGGAAACAUUUGUGUCAUAUUUAGCUGACAAUACGUAAAGUCGAUAAAUGUCAGUAACUGUUAUCGGUUAAACGGUUCAUAACUGUAAGGAUUGACAUCUUAGCUGCGACAGACUAUAGUAUAUGCGUCAUUUGUAGCUGGAAACAUUUGUGUCAUAUUUAGCUGACGAUACGUAAAGUCGAUAAAUGUCAGUAACGCGCUCAUUAUCACAGACUGUAAUCAAAUUGAAGAAAAUAAAUGGUACCUUUGCUGCUUUUUA